GCCUGAGAAUCUGACAGAUAUAUAGAGAUUGUGUCAGACUGAACAACACAAGGCACAACAAACGGUGGAUUUAAAAAGAAAACAUUGAUAAAUCUCUGCAGUGAUCAGCUGAGAAAAUAUUGAGAAGAUGGCGAUUAUGGUGUUUGUCGCGGCUCUGCUCUCUGUUUUCACGGGGUUUGUUGUGUCGGUUCCUGAUGGAUUCAAGCCGGUCGACUGUUCUGACCUUUAUAAAGCAGGACAAACAGUCAGUGGGAUUUACUCCAUCUAUCCAGCAGGUGACGUUCCUGUCUGGGUUUACUGUGACAUGAUCUCAGAUGGGAAAGAUGAAGAUAAAGGAGGAUGGACGGUGUUUCAGAGGAGAAUGGACGGCAGUAUUAAUUUCUAUCGGCCGUGGAAUCAGUACAAGAGAGGAUUCGGGUCCACUGAAGGCGAAUACUGGCUGGGGCUGGAGAACAUGUACCAGCUGACACGUAACAGGAAGUACAUGCUGAGAGUGGAUCUGGAGGACUUCACUGGAAGGAAAGGUUUUGCUCUGUACUCGUCCUUCUCUGUGGGUCCUGAAACUGAGGGGUAUAAACUGGAUGUUUCAGGAUUCAUUGAUGGAGGAGCAGGCGACUCUUUAUCUUACCAUAAUGGUCAGAAGUUCUCCACCUUUGACAAAGACCAAGACCCCUAUGAUGGGAACUGUGCCAAACAGUUUCUCGGGGCAUUUUGGUACGCAGUAGGAUGUCACCAUACAAACCCCAACGGUGUGUAUUUGUGGGGAGAAGACAACACACAUCAUGCCAUUGGUGAUGUUUGGAAAACUUGGAAAAACAGUUUUUCUGUCGGUAUGAAAUUCAUCAGCAUGAAGAUUAAAUGUGUGUCUUAGAAACAUUAAUGUUUUCAGGAACAAAUUAUCUGCUAUUGUUUCCAAAAUAUAACAAAUGUAAAGCUUCAAGGUUUUACUUUCCUCGCUGUAAGUAAAUCAAUGUAUAUCUUUGGUUUUGUUAUUUUGAUUUACUUAAACAUGAAUAAAUCAAAUAAACUCCAGCAUUGAUAUGUC